AGGGAUUUUACACAGCUACUCAGGAGAAACGAAAUGAUCUGCCCUGGAGCCGCAGCAAAAUGCUGGAUGGACACCUACUCCUGGGAUGGUUAUCGUUCACAGUCAUAGUGUAUCUUCUCAACUUGCCCGGACCGACCGCAGCCUAUUUCGGGCUGACGGGUAAUGAACCGCUGUCCAUCCUGCCACUGAACUCUCUGCCGGAGGAGAACGUGGGCAGGGCCCACUACAAGCUGUGCGACCGGCUCAAACUGGAAAAGAAGCAGCGCAGGAUGUGCAGACGCGACCCGGGCGUGGCGGAGACCUUGCGGGAGGCCAUCACCAUGAGCGCCCUAGAAUGCCAGUACCAAUUCCGCUUUGAGAGGUGGAACUGCACCUUAGAAGGGCGCCACCGAGCCAACAUACUAAAGAGAGGGUUUAAAGAGACGGCCUUCUUGUACGCCAUCUCGUCGGCCGGCCUUACCCACGCGAUGGCCAAGGCCUGCAGCGCUGGACGCAUGGAGCGUUGCACCUGCGACGAGGCUCCGCACUUGGAGAACCGCAAGGCGUGGCAGUGGGGAGGCUGCGGGGACAACCUCAAAUACGCAAACAAGUUUGUCAAGGACUUCCUGGGCAAACGCUCCAACAAGGACCUGCGCGCACGCGUGGACAUGCUCAACACAAACGUCGGCAUCAAGGUGAUCAAGGCCGGGGUGGAGACCACUUGCAAGUGCCACGGCGUCUCCGGCUCCUGCACCGUGCAGACCUGCUGGAGGCAGCUCCAGCCCUUCCACGAGAUCGGCAAGCAGCUGAAGCAGCGCUACGAGACCUCCAUCAAGGUGGGCAGCUCCACCAAUGAGGCCACGGGGGAGGGGGAGAUCUCUACAGGCCGGGAACAACAACAACAGCAGCAGCAACAACAACAACAACAACAACAACAACCGCCACAGCAGCAGCAGCCCGGCCCGAGCGAUCAGACCCCUCGUACGAUGGACCUGCGCCACAUCGAGGACUCGCCCAGUUUCUGUCGACCCAGCAAGUACUCGGCGGGCACGACGGCCCGCAAGUGCUACAAGGACAAGAACUGCGACGCCAUCUGCUGCGGGCGGGGCCACAACACGCAGAGCAGCGAGGUGACCCGGCCGUGCCAGUGCCAGGUGCGCUGGUGCUGCUACGUGGAAUGCAAGCAGUGCACGCAGAGGGAGGAGGUGUAUACCUGCAAAGGGUAAACGUGGGGGCGAGCGCGCGGGGGGGGACGGCGGCGGCGUCGAGGAGGAGCGGUUGCUUUGUUCCCGACGACACGAACGAGGAGCGAGCCCGAUUCCGAAGCAACAAGCACUUUGAGGGGAUUUCUGUGGUUUCGGACUUUUCGGAGGUCCCGCGUGGCCGCACGCAGAUCCAAGAACCUUCUCAGACAACUGGGGCAACAUCUCAAGCUUUUUAUAUUUUUUUAUUUUCAAUUUCGCAAAAUCCCAGCGAUGCCUUGAAGAGAGACACUUUUUAUUUUCCCCCCCUAUUUUAAAAUAAAUCCAAAUGCAUCUUUUCUCAAAGAGGUCAGAGAUCAGCGUCCAGCUGAUGAGGAUCAGACACACCGACAGACAGGGUUCUGUGUGUGUGUGAUUCUUUACAUGUGUGUGUUUUUUACAGGAGCGCGCGAUGGGCAUAGAGGGGGGGGGGGCUUUGUAUGACGACUAUUAUGGCAAAGAAAACCAUAUUCAGAGACUUGCUAAAAAGAAAAAAAAAAGACCGGGUGUAAGAUUUACUUUACACGCACACAUUUA